AUGCCCUCUGAGCUGUCAGCAGAUCCCUGGGCUGUGGCUGUCCCCAACGCCACAGUGGUGGCAGCAUGGACCAACACCAGCAUGACAGAGAAGGCCUUGUUUCACCUGUUCGCCCAGCUGGAUGAGGAACUGCACAGCACCUUCCCAGGCCUCUGGCUGGCACUGAUGGUCGUGCACAGUGUCAUCUUUCUGGUGGGACUGGUGCUCAACGGGCUGGCUCUGUAUGUAUUCUGCUGCCGCACCCAAGCCAAGACGCCGUCGGUCAUCUAUACCAUCAACCUGGUGGUUACCGACCUGCUGGUGGGUCUGUCCCUGCCCACACGCUUCGUGGUCUUCUACAGUGCACGUGGCUGCCUCCGCUGCGCCUUCCCCCACGUCCUUGGCUACUUCCUCAACAUGCACUGCUCCAUCCUCUUCCUCACCUGUAUAUGUGUGGACCGCUACCUGGCCAUCGUGCAGCCAGAUGGUUCCCGCCGUUGGCGCCAGCCAGCCUGUGCCAGGGCCGUGUGCACUUUUGUGUGGCUGGCGGCUGGCGCUGUAACCCUGUCUGUGCUGGGAGUGACGACUGGUGGGCAGCCUUGCUGCCAUAUCUUUGCACUGACCGUCCUAGAGUUCCUGCUGCCACUGCUGGUCAUCAGUGUGUUCACGGGCCGCAUUGUGUGUGCGCUGUCACGGCCCGGCCUGCUGCGCCAGGGCCGCCAGCGCCGUGUGCGGGCCAUGCAGCUGCUGCUCACGGUGCUCGUGAUCUUCCUCGUAUGCUUCACGCCUUUCCAUGCACGCCAGGUGGUCGUGGCACUGUGGCCCAGCCUGCCUCACCAUACAAGCCUCGUGAUCUACCAUGUAGCUGUGACCCUCAGCAGCCUCAACAGCUGCAUGGACCCCAUCGUCUACUGUUUCGUUACCAGUGGCUUCCAGGCCACCGUGCGAGGCCUCUUUCACAGGCACGGAGCAGAGUGUGAGGCCAGUGGCAACGUGGUUGUCAUGCACAAGAGCUCCAAGGGCUCAGGCCCCCACCACGUCCUCAGUGCUGGGCCGAGGGCCCUCUCCCAGGCCCUGGCUAAUGGGCCUGAGCCUUAA